GACGAGCGACGAGUUCGGCUGAGAUGAGGUGGAGCGAGCGUCGAGAACUCGAGUGCACCAGACCAUCGAUGGCCCUUCGACCACAGCUGUCCAUGUCAUGUCCCAACGCAGCGAUGAACGAUUUUAUGGGCGAAUGCUAACCCUCAGGAUCGAGGUCAAGGACAUCUCGCUCACCGACUACAUCAACGUCAACCACGCCGUCUAUGUUCCCCACACUGCCGGCCGCUACGCCAAGAAGCAGUUCGCCAAGGGCCGCAUGCCCAUUGUCGAGCGCCUCGUCAACGCCCUCAUGAUGAACGGCCGCAACAACGGCAAGAAGAUCAUGGCCGUCCGCAUUGUCCAGCACGCCUUCGAGAUCAUCCACCUCGUUACCGAGCAGAACCCCAUCCAGGUUCUUGUUGACGCCAUUGUCAACACCGGCCCCCGCGAGGACUCGACCCGUAUCGGCUCGCAGGGCACUGUCCGUCGCCAGGCUGUUGACGUCUCGCCCCUCCGCCGUGUCAACCAGGCCAUCAGCCUGCUCACCAUCGGCACCCGCGAGUCGGCCUUCCACAACUCCAAGUCGGUCUCGGAGUGCCUCGCCGACGAGCUCGUCAACGCCGCCAAGGGCUCGUCCAACUCGUACGCCAUCAAGAAAAAGGACGAGCUUGAGCGUGUCGCGAAGUCGAACCGGUAAACGACUCGGCUGGGCACACUUUGGGCCGCUCUGCAAGGAGCGGUCCGUGUACUUGCGUUCUGCCGGUAGGAAGCUCGGUGGACGUGUACGAGUGUGGUGUAGCGGUGGAGGAAGGGCUGGGAUGGGCCGUAGCUCUUUCUGCAUCGAAUCUUCUCAUCAUGAAAUUUGGAGUUGCGUGAGGGGCGAGGAGUAGUCGCGAUCCUUCGUGCCAAACUCCAUUAUCUGCCGAUCUACUAAUGAUCCUUGAGCUCCGACGCGCCUUCUAU